AUGAGCAUAUCGGAUGAGAAUGAGACUUUAACGAACAAGACUGAGCCUUGUAUUCCGAGCGGGUUGAUUGAUAUACAAGCUCUUCUCUCUUUCGUCCAUUUUGCUGAUUCCACAGUCGUCAUAUUGAGUAUUCUCAGUUCAUUUCUUCAAUUUUAUGUAAUACGUCAAGCAUUUUCCCAUAUAAGACGAGGCAACGGAGAUCAAUGUCUUCACGUCUUCCUUCUUAGUAUGACAAUCGGCGAUCUUCUAUUGACUUCUGUUUGUUAUCCACUCGAAUAUAUUCCGGCUUUAUGGGAUUUUCAUCUUCCACGUCAAAUUAAUGUCACAAUGCAUUUCCUUGCAUGGGUCGCUUUGUCCGGAUCGAGUAUUAGCUUGAUUUUGCUCAACUUAGAGAAACUCUUGUAUUUCAAAUAUCCUUUGAGUUAUUCAUCAUAUGUAACAAGAAAACGUGGAGUUCGAAUAACAAUCGGCGUAUGGGUCGCUUGUUUUGUGUUUGUUUCUGGUUGUUGGUUCUUUGAUUGUUUCAAUUGUGUGGAGGAUCAUUGUGGAACAUUGGCAUUAUUACCUCAACGAACCAUGAUGUAUAUAAUGUUUUCGAUAUCCGUUUGUAUAACUCCAACAUUAACAUCUCUUAUGGUAGCAUUAUACAUAUUAAAAAUAGUUUCAAGUCAUCGAAAAAAAUUAGCCGAAGAACAAGCCUUAUAUAGUAUGAAUACGACAUCAGUUUCUCAUGCGAUUGCAUCUCGUCUGAGAACUUUCUAUUUCAUUUUUAUGACAACAGUCUUCACGGCUGCAACUCUAUUACCCUAUCGACUUUAUCAAAUCAAACUGAUCUCCAUGAAGGAUUCUGCGAACACUAAUGAGGUCAAACACUGUACAACUUUACUGGAAAUGUGGACAAUGAGUUAUCUGAUUGCUGUCAAUGCAAUUCUCAAUCCUCUUCUGACGGUUACUGUUCUUCCUCAAUAUCGCUGUCGAGCGGUCAGUAGACUAUUUGGUACUGGAACGAACUCAGAACACAAGCCGAUUGCCACAGAAAUGUAA